AUGCCGGAAACAAUGUACAUCGCCGUCAUGGGCGCAACAGGCUCAGGAAAGAGCUCCUUCAUCUCGCUCUUGACUGAGCAGAAGCCGGCAAUCGGGCAUUCACUGGAAUCAUGCACCGAGGAAGUCGGUGUGUACGAAAGUUACAUCCUAAAAGACCGCAAUCUGUACCUGAUAGACACGCCCGGAUUUGACGACACGAACCGCAGCGACACCGAGGUGCUUCGCGAGCUUGCGGGCUGGCUGACCGCGACGUACUCGCAGAACGUGCGCCUCGCGGGGAUCAUCUACUUUCACCGGAUCAGCAACGUGCGCAUGACCGGGAGCGCCAAGCGGAAUAUCCUGACGUUCAAGAAAUUAUGCGGUGACAAUGCGCUUCCAAAUGUGGUGCUGGCCACAUCGAUGUGGGACGAUGUGCCGCAUGAUGUCGCUAUCAAGCGCGAAAAGGAGUUGAUCGAGCAGCCGGAGUGGUGGGGGCAUAUGAUCAGCAAGGGCAGUAGGACAUUUCGGCACGACAACACGCGUGAAUCGGCAAUUACGCUCGUCAAGGGCUUUCUGCAAGUUGCUAAACCGACAGUUGUGCUGUCACUGCAAGAGGAAAUGGUUGAUGGGCACAAGACGCUUGAGCAGACGAGCGCAGGGGUCCAGUUGAACGAGAUUCUCGCGGUCGAGCGAGCGAGGUUCCAGCGCGAGCUUGAGGCGUUGCAGGAGGAUUUCAAGGAGGCGCUUCGACUGCGCGACGAGGAGGCGGUGCGCGAGAUUGAAGAGACUGCCAACGCGUAUAAGGCAAAGAUGGAGAAAUUGGAGAAUGACCAGAAUAACCUGCAGGUCAAAUUUGAUAGCCUCGCUGAGACCCUAAAGAGGGAGUACGAGGCCAAGCUGCAGAGGCGGCUCAAGGAGCAAAGUCAGCACCACGCGCAGCUGCUGGCCAAGGUUCGAAGCACGGGCUCGAAAGGAGAGACGGUCUGGACAUGGACCACACCCCUGCGUGGUCAUACCGGGUGGGUGAAUGCUCUUGCCUUUACGCCUAACGGAGAGCUCCUUCUCUCGGGCUCUGAAGACGGCUCGCUCAGGGUGUGGAAUGCAUCAACGGGCAUCGAAAAUGGUCAGUUCCGUCCUGGAAAGACCACACAGAUUGUUGUAUCGCCGCAAGGGCUACGGGUGUUCUGCGUGGCCGGCCGCCGCAUCCACCAUGCGCUGUUGGCGAACCUGGAUGAAGACAUGAAGCGAGAAACGAGGGUAGAUGAGAAUGUCAAGGCAAUAGCAUAUGAUCCACAUCUACAGUGGGUAGCGGCCGCCACUCGAGACACGAUCACAACCUACUCACAGUAUAAAGGAACCGAGCCUGUUUGGCACGCGAUUGAUGAUGUUUGGCACACAAAAAAGACCAUUACCUGCAUGGCAUAUGCUCCAGAAGGCUCACAUAUCAGGGCCGGCACACACAAAGGCAAGGCCAUAGCAUAUUCCCGAGACAGAGGCAAGCUCAUAGGUGCGCAGCUGCACACGGAUACGAUUAACGCGCUGCGCUUUUCCCCGGACGGUCAAUUCUAUGCCACCGCAUCUGCAGAUCAGACCAUCAAGAUCGUGAGUCUUGGUGGGGCGGUACAGACAUUGAAGGGGCAUCCCGCCAGCGUCACAGCGAUCGCCUUCUCCUUCGAUGGAUACUUCCUGGCCUCAGGGGACAGUCAUGGAUCAGUUUGGAUUUGGGAUCUGAGGACUUCGGCUGUGGUGCAAAAGCUGUAUCUGAGUCGGUUGUACAUAACCGCACUCGAGUUCUCGCCUGUGAAAAAUCUCCUGGCGUGUGCUUCGAGGGAUAAGACGAUUCAUUUUCUGGAGCAGGUGAGAGUCGGUGGCAUGCAUGAGAGCAAGGAAGAGGGUUUUGAAGAUGGAGACCAUGAUUUCGACUGGGAGGAGUAUCAGGAUACUUGGUGA